AUGCAGCAAACCUGUAUUGCUCUGUCUGCAAACAGGGGUUUCCCUCUUCAAAGCUAUAGCUCCGAUACUAUACCCCCUCACAUUUUAGAGGCUCUCAAGCUUCGUUCUGACAGACGCAUAUCGUCAGAAGCUCAGUGGCACGAUAUCUAUGUGCUUAUUUUUGGGACAUCGGCUACUACACCUAAGCCGUUUCUGGACGGUAUUGCUAAAGAGAUGACGGGAAUCAUUCGUGAUAUUUGGCGUCAAGACGGCAGCCAAAUUGUGUCGAAGCAUGUUCAAGAAUGGGGCUUACCAGCUACCCCAGGACAAAUAUUAUCUUUAGUACCGGAGCUUCUCGAUAAGGUUGAGAAUCGAUUCGAAAACAAGUCGCUGAAGGAAAUGUCUGAUGAGCAGCUUCCUACUAUCAAAGGGGCUAUGACGGAAACCAACAUAAGAGCAAGAGACGACUCUUGCCAGGAACCCACGACUCUAGACCAUUGCCCCGACCCCGGGUUUUAUGCGUCAGACUUUGAUUCCAUGUCAGACUCGGUUUUCCUGCCCAGCGACUUCCUCAAGUCAAUGUCUGUCACUAGAUACCAUGACGGUCCCCUACCAGUUGAGGAAGCUUUCGAACCAGAGGAGACUGACUCUGCGUACGCGACUACUAGCUUUACCGCGCAUACAGAGCCAUUGAUUUGUAUGACAACAUUCGACCCUGCUGAUCAUCCGUAUGAUAUCUUCCAGCAAGGUCCUCUAUCACAGGCAGCUGGAACAGACAUCUAUCAAGAUUGGCUUGGGCUUACUGAUGACUACUCGCUGAACUUCUUAGAAGAGUAA